CAUUACCUAUUAGUUUGAAAUCAGUCAUUGCUUGAUUGCUGACGUCACUGCACAUUGAUUCCCACGAAUGAACCAAGAUACAAAUACAGAAACUGCUGCAAGCCAGAAUGAACAAGACGCAGCAUCUCGCAUGAAUGAUCUGCAAAAACAGUUGCUGGAGCUCGGUAUUGAUGUAUCGUCUACGAUUGGCAAGGUUUCAAGGUCCAAUCUCAUCAAGCAGCUAAAACAGGCCAAGUCUAGGUUGAAGGCAACUCAGGAAGCAGCUGUCAAGGCAGAACGAGACGCCAGGUUUCAACCCUACAGGAUUUAUCUGGUCUGUGAUAUUGAAGCUACUUGUGAUUCUGAUUCUGGAUUUGAUUUUGCCAGCGAGGUGAUCGAGUUUCCAGUCAUUGCGAUCGAUGGAACCACAAUGGAAACGGUUUCGACAUUUCGGAGAUAUUGCAGGCCAAUCUUGCAUCCCACUCUGACCGACUUUUGUAAACAGUUUACUGGAAUUACCCAGGAACAAACGGAUGCUGCCGAUCCUUUCACUGUAGUGUUUGCAGAUUUUCUCGAGUGGAUGCUAUCCUUGUAUCCAUCGACAGACGGAGUGAGCGCAUUGACAGACGAGGUGAUUUUUGUUACCGAUGGACCAUGGGACUUGCGCGAUUUCCUUGAAAAGGAGUUCAUCUACUCCAAUAUUCAACGACCAGAUUUUAUGCGCAAGAUCAUCAAUAUCCGCAGCUUGUAUACCGAGUUGUAUGGAAAGGAAAAAACUAAUUUGGAUGGGAUGCUCAAGGGACUUGGAAUGGUGUUUGAAGGGAGAGAGCAUUGUGGAUUUGAUGAUGCAAGUAAUGUUGCUCGGAUCUUGCGUCGGAUGGUAGAAGAUGGCCAUCGGAUUGAAAAGACUUCAGAUAUUAGUAAAAAGUCGAGCAAAGGAUCGUGGAAAUUGCUGCGUAAAUGAAUAGACUAAAGUCAUGC